GUUUUUAAGGAUGCGAUCUGAGGAGCGCAGAGCUUAGUCUUAGUGCCAUAUCUGGGCGCGCAGGGACCAGCUCAAACACACCUGUGGACCUGCGGCACAGCGCCGUUGCAACCUCGAGGUGUGCUGACGCCUGCGGCAAGUGUUUUUGCAGCAGCUGCAGCAAGAACUUGCGGCUAGCUUCGCGCGCGGACGUUGCGAGCCCGAGGGCGUCUCACGCAGCCGAGCCGCGGCCGCGUCACACGAAACCAUGGCCUGGCGCCGCCUCGCGCAGCGCUGCGCGCCGGCCGCCGCGCCCGCCGCGCUGCUCGGGCUCGGCGCGGCGCGGUGCGAAGACACGAUGCAGGUCCCGCGGACGAAGAAGACGCCGAAGGAGCUCCCCGAGUACUUCGUGCCCAAGGUGCCCUACCCCGCCUGGGACUCGGACUGGGACGGGCGGCGGCGCGCGCGCGCGGAGGCGAAGAAGCGCGGCGCGCCGCCGGCGCCGACGCGCCACAUUCUGUUGGUGAGGCACGGCCAGUACGACGAGACGUCGCGCGACGACGACAAGCGCAUCCUCACGCCGCUGGGGCGGGACCAGGCCGUCGCGACGGGGUUGAGGUUACGGAGUCUCUUGGAUUCAGGCUCGCCCAAGUCGCCGAUCAAAAUGGUCUCGAGCGGUUUAGUAAGGGCCAAGGAGACGGCGGAUCUCAUCGCGCCCUGCCUGCCCGCCGACCGAUUAGUAUAUGCGGACCCGAACCCGGACCUCAACGAGGGCCGGCCCGCGCAAGUCAUCCCGGGCCGGCCCUAUUCGAACGAGGCCGUGCGCGUCGACCAGCAGCGCGUCGAGCGCGCCUUCCGCGAUACGUUUCGGCGGGCGGACCCGCGCGACGACGGCGCGCGGCACGAGUACGAGAUCGUCGUGUGUCACGGGAACGUCAUCCGCUACAUGACGUUGCGGGCCUUACAGCUGCCGCCCGAGGCGUGGCUGCGGUUGUGCACCUUCAACUGCUCCGUGACUUACUUGGUCGUGCGGCCGACGGGGAGCGUGUCGCUGCGCGCGCUGGGCGACGUCGGGCACCUGGACCCGCCGCUCGUCACGUUCAGCAUGCACCACGGCAUCGAGUGGUGAGAUUAGCUAUUAAUUACACGUUAAACACAA